ACUUUGUGAAUGUGUGUGCGUGUGUGUCAUUUUCUCUAACCCCCACUUGUACAGAGCACCUUACACUGCAGUUAGAUCAACAGAUAUAUCUUAGUCUCUGAAGCAACAGCAUCGCUCUACGUGGCAGUGUAGCAGAGAAACUUCCUUUGCACUGUCUACAGUACAUCCAAGCCAAAGUCCAGCUCAUCUUUCCCAGGUCUCACCAUGUCCAUUGACCCUGCGGCCGAGCUGCCUUUUUACUACGGCAGCAUCAGUCGCUCAGAUGCCGAGCAGCAUCUGAAGCUGGCUGGGAUGGCUGACGGGCUCUUCUUGCUGCGUCAGUGUUUCCGCAGUCUGGGAGGCUACGUCCUGUCCAUUGUGUGGAACCUGGAGUUCCACCAUUACACCAUAGAAAAGCUGCUCAAUGGGACUUACUGCAUAGCAGGAGGGAAGCCUCACUGUGGGCCUGCAGAGCUCUGUGAGUUUUACAGCAAAGACCCUGAUGGGCUGGUGUGCAACCUGAGGAAGCCCUGUCUGCGCUCCCCAGACACACUGAUACGACCUGGCGUGUUCGACAGCCUGAGAGAAAACAUGCUGAGGGAGUAUGUGAAGCAAACCUGGAACCUGGAGGGAGAAGCCAUGGAGCAGGCCAUCAUCAGUCAAGCUCCUCAGCUGGAGAAACUGAUCGCCACGACAGCCCAUGAGAAGAUGCCUUGGUAUCAUGGUAAAAUCCCCCGCAGCGAAGGUGAGAGGAGGCUUUACUCUGGAGCCCAACCUGAUGGAAAGUUUCUCCUUAGAGACAGAGAUGCGUCGGGUUCUUAUGCUCUCUCCAUGAUGUAUGGGAAAUCAGUGUACCACUAUCAGAUCCUCCAGGACAAAUCGGGGAAAUACUUAAUGCCAGAGGGAACAAAGUUUGACACCAUCUGGCAGCUGGUUGAGUACCUAAAGAUGAAACCUGAUGGCCUGGUGACUGUUCUCCGGGAAGCGUGUGUUAAUGGCAAAGCUGCUGAAAAGACACCAAGUCUUCCUGCACCAAGGCCGAGUGGCACACACAGAUACACACCGCCACCCCAAGCAGUUGCAGGGGCCUCGAAGCAAACCGUCGUGCCUGCAGACCGUGAUGUUCUACCAAUGGACUGCAGCGGAUUUAACCCAUACCACAAUCCGAAUGAAGUGAGGAGGUUUAACAUCAAGAGGGAGCAGCUAAUGAUAGAUGAAGUGGAGCUUGGCUCUGGAAACUUCGGCUGCGUCAAGAAAGGAGUCCUUAAGUCUGAAUCGGGCCACAUCGAUGUGGCCAUCAAAGUGCUUAAGAGUGACAAUGAAAAGCUGGUGAAGGAGGAGAUGAUGAGGGAGGCAGAGAUCAUGCACCAGCUGAGCAACCCCUUCAUCGUUCGCAUGCUGGGUCUGUGCAACGCUGAGAACCUGAUGCUAGUCAUGGAGAUGGCCUCUGCCGGACCUCUCAACAAAUUUCUCUCAUCCAAUAAGGAUACUGUAACUGUGGAGAUGAUUGUCAACCUGAUGCACCAGGUGUCAAUGGGAAUGAAGUAUCUGGAGGAGAAGAACUUUGUCCACAGAGACUUAGCAGCUCGCAACGUCCUGCUGGUUAACCAACGGUUCGCCAAAAUCAGUGACUUUGGGCUCUCCAAGGCCCUGGGAGCAGAUGACAACUAUUACAAGGCUCGUACUGCAGGUAAAUGGCCACUGAAGUGGUACGCUCCAGAAUGUAUUAACUUUCACAAAUUCUCCAGUAAAAGUGAUGUGUGGAGUUUUGGUAUCACCAUGUGGGAGGCCUUUUCGUAUGGAGGGAAACCUUACAAGAAAAUGAAAGGACCAGAUGUGAUACGCUUCAUUGAUGCUGGGAACCGUAUGGAGUGUCCACCAGCGUGUCCAGAGCGAAUGUAUACAGUGAUGAAAGAAUGCUGGACGUACAAGCAUGAGGAGCGUCCUGACUUCAAGAAGGUCGAGGAGUCCAUGAGGGCUUACCAUUACUCCUUAUCGAACAAGGCCAAGCCUGAGGGAGCUGCAGCCGCUGCUGAGCCUGUCGAGUAGACAGAAAACAAGGCACAUUCUGUCCCAGUGCUGCACAAAGCAUCCUUUCAACUGGCCAUUAAACAACCAAAACAAAGAGCUUUUUAUGAACGGUGCACACUGAGCAGAACAGAACCGAUACAGCUAAACAGGCCUAAGUGACAAUAAAUGUGCAUUUGUAAAUUGGACUUGUGUGUUAGCCAUGUAAGGAGGACAGCUGUCUGUCUGUUGUGAUUUAAAUGUUAAGUAUUGAUGUAUUUACAGGGAUUUGGUACAUGUAGAAGUUUUUCACUGUAUUUGCCACCACCCGAUUAGGUUCUUAUUUUUUUUAUGCCAAAUAAACUGUAAGAAGAAAUAAACUAA